AUGGGCGGUGGUUAUGGUACCGGGUACGGUGGAUAUGGCAUGUACGGCACCAUGCCAGGAAUGCCCGGAAUGGGUGGAAUGGGUGGAAUGGGCAUGUAUCCUGGUAUGGAUCCCAAUAAUCCUUCCUUUUCGCAGAGUCUCGAAGCCACGACCCAACACACCUUUUCCCUUCUCCACUCCAUCGUCCAGACCUUCUCGGGCGUAGCACAAAUGCUCGAGUCCACAUUCAUGGCGACGCACAGCUCAUUUUUCGCAAUGGUCGGCGUUGUCGAGCAGUUCAGCCAUCUUCGCAAUGCCUUGGGUAGUGUAUUAGGCCUCUUCGGUCUUUUACGGUGGAUGAAGGAGCUCAUCACGGGCCGCCCUAGUUCCAUAAGUAUACAGAGUGAAUUUAGAGAGUUCGUCAGCGGCAAGCCCGUCCAGGGCCCAAUGGGCCCUCCUCCUAUCAAGCCUAGCCGAAAACCCAUUAUCGUAUUCUUGCUCGCUAUUUUCGGUGUUCCGUACGCCAUGACGAAGCUUGUAAAAAUUCUCAAUGAGCGUGCGAUGCAACAGCAGCAAGCACUUGGUCCUAGUGGUCCACUAGGCCCCCUUGACCCGUCGACGCUUACUUUUGCACGCGCGCUAUAUCCAUUCACACCUUCAUCUCCAUCUGAGCUUGCGCUCAAGGAGGAUGAAAUCGUCGCCAUCAUGGGAAAGUUGGAUCCUAGCACCGGUGUGGAGGUAGAUCCACGGUUAGAAGUGGAGAGCGAGUGGUGGAAAGGUCGGACGCGCGAGGGUCGCGAAGGCUGGUUCCCGAAAAAAUGGGUUGAGGUUCUCGAGCGGAGGAAGCCCGCAGAAGAGGACAAGAAAGUCGUUUGA